CUGGUCUUCUCUGCUCACUGGAAGCAGACUGGUCUUCUCUGCUCACUGGAAGCAGAGUUCCAACAUGGACACGAGCGACGCCCGCCCCGUCGCAGGCGCGAGAUAUCCGACUUUGGACGCCAACCCCUGCAGCGUCUGCCGCGGAAUAACCAUCGAGAAACUAUCGUCCGAGCUCGGGUAUGCGCACCACGCGAGUCUCACAAAGGUCCAGGAGGCCAUGGACGGCGGCUGUAGGCUAUGCGCUCUUAUAUUCGACGCCGUCGUCCGGGCUCGGUCAAAGACAGUUAUCCGCCAAUCACUGGACCCUCUGGUAGCCAGGGUUCUGGUCAUGACCACCAAUGAUGUGCCCACCGAUUGGACUGACAACACGAUCAGGCUGUUCUGGCGUCGGGACGUCGGCUUCAAGCAGAAUGCAAACCUUGCCGAGCCCUGCGUGGACAGCAUCGCCGUGUCGGAACAAAUCUGCAUCACCUACGGUAUGGCAGCUAUCAGCCGAGCCCCUGGCGCGCCACCCGUCGUUGAGCAGCUCAAGAGCAUCAAGCAACUGGGGAAGCUGGCACUAUGCAUUGACAAUGAUUCACCUGUCGCCGACAGAUAUCCCGGUCGCAGGUUACCGAUAGAUCUCCACGCUCCAUGUGACCAGGACGCGCUCGUUCGAUGGGUGAAGCGGUGUGCAGCCGAAUCGGAAGACGCAUACAUCGGACAAGGCGCCACCAUCCCUACCCGCAUCCUCGAUGUCGGGGAUUCUCUUGAGAGCAAUACUGUCCACCUACGACCAGCUAUCCAUCUCCCCAAGGAUGCGCAGACUGCUCGCUACAUCAUACUCAGUCAUUGCUGGGGAGGCAAGGUCCCUGCAGCCUCCACGACCACGUCGGAAGCGCUCCAGGAACGCGAGUCCGGGAUCGAACUGGGACAACUCACUCAGAACUUCAGAGAUGCCAUUCGUCUUACCAGGCUUCUUGGCGUCAGAUACCUUUGGAUAGACGCCUUAUGUAUAAUUCAGGACUCACGCGAGGACUGGCAGCUGGAAUCUGGCCGAAUGGGAGCCUAUUACAAGAAUUCGUGGCUCACACUGGCCGCUGCGAUGACCGGUGGCAGCAACGGCGGGCUCCUGGGGAAACGGACACCACCUAUGGAUCCCUUCAUCCAGCUGAACCCACAGCCCACGCCAGCGGAUGGGGGAAGUGGAGAUGCUAGCGACGACAAGGGCCCUCUCUAUUUCGCCUUCGACGCCAUCGAGCCCCCGGAUGCCCAUUUAAUCUUCGGCCUCCGGGGAAAUAACAACCCCUACAUGUUUUCCGACACUUCCAUCAAGUACGAGGAUGCGUUCCAGGGCGACCCUAGCCUUGAUGCCAAGCGGAAGCAUCUAGCCUCCUGGCAAGCAAUCCUGCAGACCAGGGGCUGGGCCCUUCAAGAGGAGCUUCUUAGCCCCCGCUGGGUCGCGUUCGAGCCGUCGCAAGUAUAUUUCCGUUGCGACAAGUUUGUUGAAUAUGAAAGCGGCCGCAGGGUCCAGCCGCCAAACGGCGAGUCUUGCUUUCUCAGCAAAGGCAGGGUCACCUUUUUAGAGGGAGAUUGGCUCAAGGUCGUCGAGGGAUAUACAGAAAGGCAGCUUACGGUCGAAACGGACAAGCUUGCUGCUAUUGCCGGCCUGGCUCGCGAGUUUGCGAUUCUCAGGAGCGCCAAGGCCGGUGUAAGCAUGGAGGCUGCCCAAGACGAUUACUGCGCUGGUUUGUGGAGGAGCCAGCUACUGGAGGGUCUCCUCUGGGGUAGACCCGGGUUCCCGAAAGCCGGAGAGGUAGCCAGCUUCACGAGGACCGAAGCAUUCGUGGCCCCAUCCUGGUCGUGGGCUUCGGUCAAUGGGCCGGUCAAGUUUGCAGACCGGCUGCUUGGAUCAGAGGAGCCCAAGGCCGAACUUGUCCAAGUUAUCGCCGAACCCGCAGGAAGCGACCCACUAGGCCAAAUCUCGAGCGGUCUCCUAGUACUCCGCGGGCUGUGCUUCUGGGCCACAGUUCCGGCGGAAGGUCUCGGGACCGUGAGACAUGGCCUAGUCUUCAAUCUCGACGUCAAGGAGUAUAAGCCAGAGUGGGAGCAUACGCCGGCUCUGAUUAUGAUGAUCAGCGACACCCGAGGGCUGCUUCUGGAGCUAGUGGGUGCAUUAGAGCUCCCGGCAGGCUCGGGCUUGAUGCACAGAGUGUGUGAGAGAAUAGGCACCUUCUGGGGCGCUCCGGAGUCUGUUUUUGACGGUCUUGAAUGGCUGGAGAACCAGACUGUGGUGAAUCAUUUAAGGAAGUAAGCGGUGCAGCUUUAGGCAGCGCCAACACGCUACGCUCACUAGUCACGUUAUGUGGAUUUCUGUGCCGGAACUUUGAUGCACUUUAGUGCGAAUUAGUAUCUUGUAGCGCUAAAGGCUAUAUAUAUAUCUAUACUAAACGGAAACCUUGGGGUGUGCUUUGGGAGUGGCUUUGACUAACAGAAUUAGGUAAAAGUGGU